AUGUCCUUGGUCGCCUUAGGUCACGUAUGUGCCCACUUACAAAAUGUCACCCGCGUUAACCUCGGGUUGACUUCCGUUCCAUUAACCAAGUUGCACCUCGAAUUGGCCGCCAACUUGUACCAGGAAGGCUUCAUCUCCUCCAUCCAGCGCGGUGACAUCCAGGGCCCAGACGCCAUUCCUGUGGAAAUUACCCCAGACAACGUGUCCACCAGGAGAUUGUGGUUGGGCUUGAAAUACAGAAACGGCCACAGUGUCAUUAAGAACAUGCACCUUGUGAGCAAGCCGUCCAGAAGAAUGAACUUGGACGAAGAGGAGAUCAAGGCCCUCGCGAUGGGCAGACAGGUGAGAAUCAUCUCGCCUUUACAGCCGGCCGAGGCCAUGUUUGUCAGGGAUAACAGAACCAAGAAGUUGGUUGAGUUGAGAACCGCUGCCAGAAAGAAUAUGAGCGGUGAGGUUUUGUGCCGUGUCAGUGCCCAGUAA